GAGCUAUUUAAAGCGGGUCAUUUCCUAGUUUGUCAUGAUUCAUUCCCGCUAUAAAUUGUUUAUUAAGUAGUGUAAUUAUUCAUUUUUGAAAUAAUUGUUCGAGCGGAGGAGCUAUUCACUUGUACGUGUUCAAAAAGAUUUAUACAAAUUGAUACAAUGAAUUCCAGCAGUGGCAAUGAAACAACCAACACAACUGGUUUUAACUGGAUUAAGAGGGAUGAAGAAGUGGUCAGUCUCCUGUCUCCUAUUGUUGCGUAUAUUUCCGUUCUCAUGACUUCCGGUGUGAUUGGCAAUUCUCUCGUCUGUUACGUCUGUUACCGGAAAUGGAAAGAAAGGAAAAUCCAAUACUUCAUCGGUUUUCUUGCAACUUUUGAUUUGCUCACGUGCUGCAUUUGUAUGCCGAUGGAAAUAGUUAUGCUACGACAACCUCUUUUGAUUGAUAAUGGCAUUCUUUGCAAACUACAACGAGGGACACGUGCGGUGACGUCUUUAGCUGCCGGAGGAAUACUUGUCAUUAUUGCUGUCGACAGGUAUAUUAGUAUCUGCAAACACACACGCACGCGCAUACAACCGUCACAGGCACUUCGAUUAUGCUUAGUUUCCGUAUUAUUAGCAUUGAUAUUUUCAUGGCCAGCAUUUAUUUUAUUUGGCAUGAGAAGCUUAAGUCCCGAUGAACAAGUGAUUGCAGAAACACAAUGCUCAACGUUAAAUGAUUAUGCGCCAUAUCCGCUCAUUUACUAUGGGAUUAUAUUUGUUCUGUUUUUCGGCAUAUCGACAUCGCUUGUGUUGUUUUACACUUUGAUUUGGUUAAGAAUUUUACGACUUCCAAAUCUGACGUCAUCAGCCAUGUCAGCUGCAAAGAGACAGUCCGCAUCUGAAAGUGCUGAUUUAACCGCUUCUAAUUUUAAAAAUACUUUAAACUUUGACCCAGCACAUAAGUCAACGGAAGGAUCGAAAGAUGGAACGUGCAUGCUUUCUCUAAAGCAAACAGAAGAUAAUGGGAAGCCAAGGAGGAAUACGUUGGACAGAAGGCGUCACAAGUCAAAUGUAGAUGAAAGCGAUUCUUGCGAUUUUUCGACCGAUAUUUCGAGAAGUAAUUCCAUAGAUUGCAAAAGUAGAAAACAAAAUUAUACUGUUACUGUCAACAAUAACGAAAAGGGAGAUACAGAGGUCAUGCGACCAAGAACAAAUACACAGGAAGGUCGAAGCAAACGCUUUAUUAGGAAAUCAUCGUUCUUAGGUUCAAUAAGUAUGUCAAGUAAUGGUUCCACACGAUCUAACAGAAACAUGGUGCGCCGACGACGAUUAACAAUAGCUAUGUUUGUGAUAACAAUUGUUCAAAUUCUCAGUUUUCUACCGUAUAUUGUGUUGCUUAUUUGCAAAAACUUCAUUCCGGAUUUUCCGUCUUCGCAUAACUCAACAGCUCAAGUUGCAUAUAAUAUCGGUAUUUUAUCACAUUUUAUCAGUAGUGGAGUAAAUCCGUUUGUGUACGGGUUUUGUAGUAAAAUAUUUCGGCGUGAAUUUAAGAAAGUGUUCUGUAAAAAGUUACAACAUUACUCCAUUUGCCGAAUGAUUCAUUCAUGAAUUUAACAUUUUCCUAAAUAUGCAUGAAAUGUUUUCUUCUCGAAUGAAUCAAACAACAAUGGAUGAAUACAUCCAAAUUGUAUUUGCAUAUAAUAUAUGAAGCGUUAUCAAUAUUAACUUUAGCGCUUUCAAUAUCCGCGCAGCGCGGACAAACAUUUAAAAAAAUCAGUGCCUAAUAGCAAUAGUUGAUCCGUAUUAUAACAUGUUACACUAUUCAAAUAUAGAUUGGAUUUAGAGCAAUGCAGAGGAUAUACAUCUGGCAUCAAGCACACAUACUCUCUAAACAAAAGUUUGUCAAAUCUCACAAUUCUUUGUUUCCCCAAUUUCCAAAGAAUGAAACACUUUUUUAUGUGAGGUCUACACGGAUGUAAGCUUUUGUACAAACCAGCGUGUUUCGAAUUAUACAUAACUUACAUGUAUGCUAGUUUUGUAAUAAAUAUGCAGAUAUA